GGCAGACGUGGUUGACAGUACAAAACUCUUUGAUAAAAAUAAAUUUUCCUUGUUGUUUUUGUCGUACUGACUUGUUUUUAGUGUAAACAGAACUAAACAAAUAGCUCAAAAUAUAAACACGGGAAUCACGAAUUUACAAAAGAUCAAAUUGAUAGUGUAAUGUUGCCCAAAUCAUCGGUAUCAGCCAUACAGGAGUACUGUGCUAAACAUAAACUCCCACCACCAGUCUACGACUACAUUGAUUCCGAAGAGGGUGGUGCAUUUAUAUGCCGAGCCAAAAUAAUGGAUAUAGAUGCAGAUGGUACUGGAAGAUCAAAAAGGGAUGCAAAACAUUUAGCCGCACACAAUUUAAUAAAAAAACUACGUAAGAAAUGUCCAGACAUCGAUGAAAUACAACAGGUAGAGCACAUGGAAAUACCAGCAACGGAUAUGAUUGUAACACUUCGAGAUUAUUGUGUACAACAUGAACAUCCCUUGCCGAUAUUUGAAAUUAUACAACAAGGCGGUACGCCAGAUACUCCUGAAUUCGUGGCUGUAUGCAGUUUGGCGUCCAUAAAACGGUAUGGAGUAUCGGAGAAGAAAAAAGAUGCAAAACAAAUUGCGGCCAUGGCCAUGUUAAAUGUCAUCGCAGAUAACACUCAACCUUUGGAGCAUCAAAUGCAAGUGGCUCCAAUGGAUUCUACAAUAAAUGAGGUGGAAUAUGAACGUUACCAUAAGUUCAAGACUUAUCGUGAACUUUCCGACACAGGUUUGGGUGAAACAGCACCAGGCAUAUUGUUGGCCGAUCGUCAUAAUUAUUUUCUAAAAUUUCACAGUCAUUUGAAAAAAUCGGCAUGGAAAAUAAUUGAAAGUCAAAACUAUGGAUCAAAUGAUCAAGCACAAGUUAUGGACCUGUUCCAUGCAUUAAAGAUAAAACCACGGAUUACAUCAUAUCCCGCUUUAAAGACGGUAGAAAAAUUGGUUCAGAUUGAAGUUGACUGUGAUUAUGAUGCACUUUUUUUAGACGUUGAGAGUCAAAUUUAUAAAAGUGUUGUUAAUUAUUUUCGGGAUAUGCUGAAAUAAGUGUCAAGUGUCAUACGCGCUAAUGUAUUGCUUUAAAAAAUAUCAACAAUUCAUUCCAUAAAAUCUUUACCAAAAACCUUACCCCCAAAUUCAUAAGUUUUUGAUAUAUUUUAAAUCAGUUUAUUAAGUGGGUAAUUCGUUAGCUUCAUUCAAAGAUUUUUAUUUGAAUAGAAUUAAUUCAUAAUCGAAUUAAUUUAUAAUAUAAUAUUAAAUAUUUUGUUAAUUCAAAUCUAAUCCAAAUUGAAUUUAAAUAUUUUUUCUUCAUUCAAUGUGUUUUUGUUUGUAUUUUAAUUAUUAAGGAAAUUUUUAAUGGAUGGAAUGGAUACGUUAAAGUACAAUUAUCUAGUACUUUGAACGUAUGAAUUUAUGUAUUAUUAAUGCUACAAUGGAAUGUUUAUGAAAUAAAAUUAAAUAUGAAAAUUAUAAAAUUA